AUGACCAGUGAAAAAUUGGAAAGUAUGGGCGAGGAAGAUGUCAAGGAACUUCUGAGCGAUUUCCUGGCUCAAAGAAAAUUUCUUGUAGUAUUGGAUGAUGUUUGGAAGAGUAGUUCUUACGAUAAGAUAAGUAAGAUCCUCAGUGUCUUGCCGGAUGUGAACAAUGGUAGUAGGAUCGUUUUGACCACCCGAGAUAUGGAUGUCGCAAGGCAUGUCAACAGGAGAAGCAGCAUUCAUGAGAAGAAGCUUUUGGAUGAGAAGGAGAGCUGGGAGUUGCUUGAGAAGUGGUCCUUUCCGGAGUACCGAGAUGUAAGCAGUGCUGAUCGAUCACGGUUGAUGGAGAUAGGGAAGAAAUUGGCAGUGAAAUGCAAAGGGUUGCCGCUUGCUCUUGUGGUCUUGGGAGGUUAUCUUUCUAGGAACUUGGACUAUGACAUUUGGUCAGGAUUGGUUGGUAAUCUAGACUGGGAAGCUCGCAGGAAUGAUGAGCCAUUCUGGAAGAUCAUAGAUAGAAGUUACAAUGACCUCCCAAACCAUCAAUUGAAAUCAUGCUUUCUUUAUCUAGCCUCCUUUCCAGAAGACUAUGUCAUCCGUGUAGCAAGACUUUGCAAGUUGUUGAUUGCUGAAGGACUUAUUCCACAUCGGCAGAAUCGGACAAUGGAAGAUACAGCCAGAGAGUACAUAAAGGAGUUGGUACAGAGGUGUAUGCUCCAAGCCGUUGAAAGGAGCAAGUGGCAUGGCUCGAUAAAGAGUGUGGUUCUCCAUGACGUGAUUCGUGAAUGGGCUAUUGCAGAGGCAAGGAGGGAGGGGCUGUUCAACAUAUGGAGCAAUCCGACAGAUUGCGAUCAGGCACUCUCUGAUUCAGUAACCGCUUACCGAGUUGCUCUCCAUAACUUUGCUGGACGUACUGAGAUUAAUGUGGCCAUGCCCAAGUUGCGGACCUUGUUGGUGUUUUUCAAUUUACCGGCAGUAUCUGUACUGUGCAGGCUGAAAUUUCUCAGAGUGCUUGAUCUUCACGGCCUAACAGGUAUCAAGUUAUUACCAUCUGGCGUUGGCAUCUUGAUACAUCUAAGAUAUUUUGGAUUGAAAAAAUGUGGAUACAGAUCGGUUGGCGUUCCUUCCUCAGCUAGCGAUCUCUUAAACUUGCAAACCUUUGAUGCAAGAGGGUCCAGAAUAAGAUCACUGCCACGGUUCUUUUGGGAUAUUCCAACCAUGAGGCACCUGUAUCUUGGUGAGGUCAGGCGCUGGGUUCCUCCGGAGGUUGGAUGGCUUGGCUCGUUGCAGAGUUUCUACUUUUGUGAAAAAACACAGAUGCGUGCUGUGAGCGGGCAUAUGACAGUCAAGGAACGACGAUUGGCUGAAAAUGGAAACAAACACAUUGCUCGCAGAAACGUGAAAAAAUGGGCAGCCUUAUUCAGAGCUUUGGAGGGAAUGGAGCAGCUCGUGUUCUUACACUUGGAGAGUUGGAGAACACAAAGGCGCACCAAAUGGCGAGGGCGGGUCUUCUCCACACAACUCUUGGGCAGCAUUUCGCGCCAUAGGCAUCUUCAAGUGCUAGAGCUCGCCGGAGACUGGCUGUGCGGGGUUGGCCAGCUAAGCAAGCUCCCUCAUUGCCUCAAGAAGCUCAAGCUGAUAGCGUCUGAAGAACUGAAUAAAGACCCGAUGCCUGUGCUGGGCAUCCAUCCGAAUCUGGUGGUGCUUGUCUUGGAGAGCGCUUUCAAAGGGAACGGCAUGAUAUGCCAUGCAGAAGGGUUUCCUAGACUGCGCCACCUGACAUUUGAACACGUCGGGCGUCUCGGGUCUUGGAAUGUCGAAGCUGGGGCAUUUCCUUCACUAACCCAUCUGAAUCUUAGUGUAUCGAGCUUCCCCGUUGUCCCUCCUCUUGGCCUGUUUCAUGUGACUUCGCUGCAGACGUUGCUGUUGAAACAGCACCCUAUGGACGAGAGCAGUAUUUGCUUAAGUCCUGUUGGCAAACUAGAGGAGAGGGGGUGCGAGGUCAUCAUCAAACGGUUGGGUUAA